UGUCGAAGUACGACGGCGCGGGGUGUUCUUCACCCCGAGGGCCACUCGAGGGUUGUUUAGUGCGGGCGCGGCGUCGCGAGGCGCAGCACGUAUUCUCUCGGGUGUGUCUUAUCAGUUUCCAAGAUUAUUCCGAAGGCGAGCUCUCCCGGUCGGGAGAUGAAGUGCGAGGAAGGCGAGAGCGCGCGCUCGCCGCCGCCUCUGCUGCCGCCGGCAUCGCUGCUGGCCUGGAGCCCCAUCCUGCUGCCGCCCUGGGGCCCGGCUUUCCUGCCGGCUUUCUAUCCGGCGGCCUUCCGAUCCGCUUUCCCCGGAUUAUUAGAUAGUAUGAAGACAAUGCCAGGACAACGACCGGGCUUCCAAAUUUCUGAUAUCCUCGGGUUGAACGAAGCGAAGGGGUUGGAUGCCCCACAGCAGGGGGGGUUGAACCCCCUUGACUUGCCCCCCUACGCGCCACCUCAGCACAACUACGCACACGAGUUGUUGAGGCACCACCAACCUUGGCUUACGUUGGAUCAACAUGAUAGCACCGGUGUUCUCGGUCAACAAGUGAGUCCAGACAGCACUUCGCGAGCUUCGGAUUUAUCGUACGCGGUGGGGCCCUCAGCGGCGUCCCCCACUGUGGUCGACCCUCGCCACGACCAGGACCACGACCUCGACCAUGACGUCCACGACCACAGCCUCGACCACGACGACGACAUCGACCAGGACCAACCGUCGAACGCCGCGUCAGACAACAUCCUCUCACACAAAAAGCGCAAACGGCGCGUUCUGUUCUCCAAAGCACAAACCUACGAACUAGAAAGGAGGUUCCGGCAACAGAGGUACUUGUCCGCUCCUGAACGAGAACACUUGGCUAGUUUAAUCCGUCUAACACCAACUCAAGUGAAGAUAUGGUUCCAGAACCACAGGUACAAAACGAAACGCGCUGUCCAGGAGAAAGGUGCUCAUCAUGAUUUGAACAUGGGUGGUAUAAAAUCGCCAAGACGCGUCGUAGUUCCCGUUUUGGUGAAAGAUGGUAGGCCUUGUAUCGGUAAGCCGGACGGGCUACCACCGUUGGGCAUGACUCUUCCUCCAUACCAACCAAUGCACCACCAGCCUCCCGUAUCGGGCCACGGCCAGCAAGGAUGUUGGUGGUGAAAAUAUAGAUUAUAUAGAGUUAUGUGGUUACCUAGUCGAUGUAGCAAUAUAAAAGGAUAUUUGUUUUCCAAUGCCAGUAUUUUGUUAACUGGCAAACUUUACCUUUAAAAUUGAUUUUAUGACGUUUUUGCCAUAACAAAAGUGACUUCACCAAUUGAAGUUUUCAAUGUUGCAGUAUAUACCAUGCCUACUCAUAAUCAUGAUCUAUUCACUAAUUUUGCUUAUGAAUAUGGAAUAUAAUAAUCAGUUGAGCUCCCGCAGACAUACUUACUUAGUUGGUCGACUAUCGAGUUUACGAAUAGUAGUAAUAGUAGUAGAGUGACCAAUGCUAGGUUCUUAAUAAUAAUAUCUUCUUCAAUUAAAUCGUCAAAAUUAGUUAUAAUUACACUGUAUCUAGUUACAGUGUUUUAUAACUAUAGUAACACUCAUAAAUGAGGUUCUCGCACAUGAUUGCAUAAACUCAUCCAAAAUAUUUUCUAAAGUAUAUAUAUAAAAAUCCUGAAAAAUUCGUUAAAAUUAUACAGUGUUUCUUGCAAAAUAGUAGGGGACUAAAAGCAAAGAAUUGCGAUUUCUCAAAAGUCGAUGUCGUUUAGAUGCAGGAUUUAGAUAUUGUUUGUUAUGAUAAACCGAUCAUAAUCGAGAUUUACUUUCGAUUACAUGCAAUUAAUAAAAAUUUAUCAAACUAAAUUGUUAAAAGUACGCAGUCUAGUCGUUCGAUAGUCAGUCAACUCACAAUAAUUGUAUGUCUGUGGGAGCUCUUACAACAUAUUUUCAUACUUUCACGGACUGUACGAGGUACGCUUUUAUCCGUAAAGAUCCAAUGUGUGCUAACUAUGCUUAUCUACCUGACGCAUGCAAUCGUUUUAUAAAGCAAACUGAUAAGUGUGAAGGUAACAUAGAAACAGAAUAUUGGCAUUGGUCCGGUUAAAUGAUUUUGCAAGCAGUAUAAAUAGAUAUUUUAUAUUUAUGUAAUUAUUUUUCAAAGACCAAAUUAUGAAUACGAGUAAGUGGAUAAGUUAAUAACUCGAAUACUAAUAAAAUAUAGUACUCCUUUAUGUUGCACAGUUGAGGUGUUGGUUCCUAUUUUUUGGUAAGAUUUGGAAUAUUGUUAGAGAAAAUUUAGCGCUAUGUAAAGUACCUAUGAGUAUAUUCGUUUGUAUUCUAACAUACAUCAAGAAGUAUAUCAAGAAUUUAUUUUCUAACCUAGCAAUUUGUUCAGCUACCUAUACUAGAUAACAGGUGUCUCCUCAAGGCAUUCUUGCUAAUUUAGUCAUUAUUUGGGUCUUUCUGGUAGUGUAAUUAUCAUAAUUAUAUUAAUAAAUAGUGAGAGAUGUUUAUUUAUUUCAAUAACAGUCCAUAUUGUGGUUAACCUUUUGCUAACUUCUAAUUCUGUUUAACUUAAGUCAUGUCACGUAAAAUGGGCACUGAUAGAUUUAUGACAAAAUAUUCAUUUACAAUUAUAGUAGAAAUUAUUUGCGUCAUAUUUUUCAACCUUCAGUGCUCUUUUUACGUUGCAGCCAUUAAACAUUCCAAUUAUAACAUUCCUUUGUAUAUUAAUGUAAAAAAUCUAAUUAAGACUUCUAAGAUAUCAUUAUGAGAGUUGAUCAGAUUUUAUCAGAUUGCAAUAUUUAGAUGUAAGGUCCAGUAUUAUCACAGUCGAAUAUGUCUAGUGAAUAGUUUAUUUAUGUAUGUUCCAAAAAUUAUAUUUAUAAAACGAUUUUGAAGUAUCAAAAUCGAGUUAGAUAUAAAAAAAAAUGUAUAUUGUGUAAAUAAUAAUGGAUAUCCACUGAUCUUUGCAAGGAUCUGUCUAGUUGCAGAAUCCUCAUUUAUCUAUAUCUAAAUGAAUUCAUAAGUUGCAGUUUUGUAUUUCUAUAUACCAAAUUACAUUUAGGAAACUCUUCUUUGUAACUGUAUCUAUUUAGUAUUCCGUUGAACAAUAUUUCAAAAGAACCACUUCUUAGUACCUAUACCUAAAUAGUAUAAAAUAGCAUUAUGUUAAAUUUGUAUAAAAAAUAUUUAAAGAUAUAAAUUAUUAUGUGAAUAUUAAAUUGAUUGACAAAAUACCUUUGUUUAAAUGUGUGCCU